UUUACGCGUCAAGACGGUUGCUUCGCAAACAAGCUUUCGUCUAAAUAUAACUUACGCUCGGAUUUAUCAAGUUAACUUAAACUGGCCUUGAACUUAAAAAUCACACCUUGUAAACCGGUCUUAAAAAAUAAACAAAACACUGGCUGUAUGUAAAGUAACCAUUGCCAUUCGAAAAAACUAAUUUAAAAAUGGAUUGGCGGGAAAAACUUUUUGGACGCUACUUGAUAAAAUGCGAUUCACCAUGUACUCAGAGCGGCAAAUACGAGAGUAUACCAACUUUAGAAGCUUUGGGUGAUUGUGUUGAGGAAGGAGAAGCUGGUGCUGUAUGUGGUAUUUACUUCUCUUUCGCAAAUAUAAGUGACACUAGUGAUGAUUUUGGUGUACGUUUGGAGGAAUUGUACAGACGAAUUAGUCCGGGUUUGAAAGUCGUAGAAGUGGUGCUAUGGGCCCAUGUUGGUACGCCGGAAGGACCUGUAGAGAGAGAGGCCGGGUUCCGACGCACGUUGACCGGAAAGCCCUGGUUUGCUGUUCCAUUCCACGACGUUGAUACAAAGCGUCGCUUAACCCAGAAAUACAGCAUCGCGGUGGGAGUGCCCACUCUAGUCAUCAGAGGUCGUGCUGUGCGGGACGCCCUGCUAUCUGACCCACAGGGGGAGAGGUUCCCGUGGCCAGCACCUCCCCUCAACGAGGUGCUGCGAGGUGUGCAGCUCCAGGGAGACGAGAACAAGCUGUACGAAGACCUGCCCGCUGAUGCCAUCAGGGUUUUCUACUUCGCUGCUCAUUGGUGCCCACCAUGUCGCUCCUUCGCCCCUGGACUAUGCACUACUCUGGCAGCGGUGCGCAAACGCAGAGCUAAGUACGCCAACACUCAGCUCAUCGUCGUUUCCAGCGACAGAUCAGAGCAGUCAUUCAAGCGUACCGCGGCGUCAGUGGCGGCUGCCGGACCGCUAACCGUCCCCUGGAACUGCGAGGUGCGCACCUCUCUGCCUUCCACACUGGGUGUAGCCGGCAUCCCCGCUUUGGUGAUCACCGAUGGUGACGGCAAAGUUCUCACCUCCAACGGGCGACACCACCUAGCCGCUGAUCCCAUUGGAUUGAACUUCCCGUGGGGACAGCGCCCCGUUUCUGUACUCACUGAACAAGCACUGUUGAAAAUGGCUCGACAUCCUGCUCUCGUACUAUUUAUUGAUGAUGAAGAUGCCGAGAUAGAGUUCGCGGAAUCAGUUCUGACACCUUCCGCGGAGUCUUACUACGAGGAGUGCAGCAUCCAGUAUCCUGGAUUCUGUCCCUACCAGAACUCAUCAGACGACGAGACCAUGGACUUCGACUACACGACAAAAUCAUCCAAAAUCAAGAAGAAGUCGUUCAAGCACGUGAUGUUCUUCAUCGGCAUCGACGGCACGGACAGCGCUGACAUGAUCCGAGAGCACAUCGGUCUUGAUGACGCGGUUCCGCUGCUCACAGCCAUCGACUUCCACCGGCAACGCAUGGUCACCAUGAAGAACGGAGAGGAGAUCACCACAGACAGCGUGCAGAAUUUUGUGGAUUCCUUCCUCAGUGGAAAUGCUGAUUUUAAGCCACUCAAGCCGUAUAGUGAUAAGUGUUAGAUAUUGCGGGUAGUAUAAAUAUGACGUCUAUCUUAUGUUCAACUUUAUCAAAUUAUGGGCUUCGAUCAAGUAUGUAUGAGACUAAAGUUAAUUCCCGGAGAAAUAAGAGCACAAAUAACCUUCUUGCCUUUCUAUUUUCAAGAACUGCGAAAAUAACCACCCGAAUAGAAGUAACAUAAAUUAAACUGUAACAGAAGGAGUAAUUUUCUUAAGGGUUAAAAAAUAUUAUUAAAGAUUUAAAUACCAAUUUUUCCUCGUUCAGCCAAUAUUCACUGAAAUAUGAACAAACAAUUUCUCCACACAUAUGAUGAUCUCUCGUAUUUAUUACAAAACAGAUCCUAUGUUCACUUUAGAACUGAGUAUUAAAAAUUAUAAUCUUUGACAAUUUUAUGAUCAACUAUCGUAGAGUCACAAAGAAUUUAAAAACAGAUUUUAAACUCAAAAAUAUAAAGUUAAAGAUCACCGUUGCAGUAAACACUCAAUGUGUUUUCAAUUUUACUGAUUAGAUGUUUUUAUUGAAGAAAAACAAGAGGUUCGCGUGGUGGGAACCAGAGGGGUGCAACUUCCCUACAUUAAAAGUACUGCCACCUAUUCUAUUAGGUACGCUGCAACUUCACCACGAUGGCGAUAAUUUAACAUACAUGAUAGAUGGAUAGAUGGGGCUAGUGAUAGCAAAAAACUCACUUAACGUACUUAUUAAAACAAGACUUGACUAUCGUGUUGUAACUUGUAAUCACUAAUCAUUGAAGGCUUCUCGUGAUAUAAAGGUGACUGCUGAACUUAAUAAACGAAUAAUAAUUUCCACCCACACUCAACAAACAUCAACAUGCAUUCAAUACGGUCUACAACAAUAGUAAAAACUAUAAACAUAAUUUGCGCCAUCUAGCGACGGUACGCUAAGAGCGUAAAAAUAACGCAGCGCCAUCUCUUGGCCUAGGUACACUGAUUUUACAAAAUAAAAACAUUAGUUGCACAUCUAUCUCUAGUAUAUAGUGUAUUAUCUAUGGUGGGAAUUGAUGAGGCAACUGCCCAUGGACUUCUGCAACACCUAGGGUCAAGAGAUGCGUGGUAUUUAAGUUGGGAACAUGCUCUAUGCUGAAGGUCCCUAAGUCGUAUCGGUUCGGGAAAACUGAAGCCGGUAGUUGAUUGCACAAAGUGGCUGUGCGAGAUCAGAAGUUCUUUGCGCUGUUUUUAGAAUGCCAGUCAUAAUGCGGGUUGAUUUUCGUAUUUUGACGUAAUGAUUGAAUUGGGGUUGAAUUCAGCUGCUGGUAUCAACAUGAUCAAUUUAUAAUAUAUAAUGGCUCAACAUACCUACUAUAAAAUUAGGAGUUUCAAUUACUUCAUAGCUACUGCUACUAGAAAAUUUGUAGGUACGGACAGAUAUUAGAGUAAAUCAGUAGCAAGGACAUUCUUAAUAGAAGGAUAAGUAAUAAUUAGGUUAUAGAUGUAGUUAUUCAUAUUUACCAUUAGGGUAAGGAAGUAUUUGGGGGUAUUAGGCAGUUUUUGUAUUUGGUAUAACUAGUUUACUGCAGUGCAUGCAAACGUUUUGUACAAGCCAAAACAUAAUUAUAAUAGAGAAAAAUUACACCAAUUCAAAAUAGUAUAGAAAUAUACUUAACCACAUUUUUAUUACAAUUAUUCAAAAUGUCUAAGUCGCUUGUACAUAACCUCUGUAUCCUUUUUAUAUUUAUAUUAUCUGUGAUCAGUUUCAAUUAAAGUAAAUAUUUACAAUGAUAGAA